UGAAGAGAUGCCUAUAACACCCAGGGGAAAAAAUGAGUUUUGAGAAAAACUUUUACUUACUUUGACUGAGUUAACAUGUGUGGUUGUCUUACCCAGCUACCUGAAUCAACUAACUCUAUACAGGCGCUCUAGAACGAAGAAGUGAAAGUGACGUAUCAGAUGCACGUGUGCCUGAACUACGGAUGCCGCUGGAGGGCAAUAUUUUCUCCCUGUUCCGCUUUUCCUUUCGUUAAAAAAAGGAGAGAGGUGCUGUAGCAAUGGAGGGGGUAACUGUAGGGCACGUAUUUGACGCCGAAUGCAUCCUCAACAAACGUCCACGAAAGGGGAAGUUUGAGUAUUUGGUGAAGUGGAGAGGGUGGUCGUCCAAACAUAACAGUUGGGAGCCUGAAGAGAAUAUUCUGGACCCCAGAUUACUGGCUGCCUUCCACAAGAGAGCACAAGAGAGGGAGCUACUCUUCCGUAAGAGAGGGAAGAGGCCAAGGGGACGUCCACGGAAAAUUCUGGAACCAGAACCAACUGAAACCAAAUCCGACCGCUCCUCCUCCUCUUCAUCCGGCCUGUCCUCCUCUCCCUCCUCCUCUUCCUCAGAAGAAGAAGAAGAAGAGGAAGACCAGGAGGAAGAAGGCCAAACCAGGUCCUCGCCUCCGCAACCUCUACCCCGUCCCCCAGAAGAGGCCCCAGAUUGUUGUGGCCAAAAAUGAGCCCGUCCGGAAAAAGCGCGGGAGAAAACCGCUGCUCCCCGAGCUGAGGGCUUUGAGACAGGCAAAGACCCGGCCGCCCCUCCCGCCCCCUUCUCCUUCUCGCCACCAGCAGGUCCUCAGGCCCCCACGUGAGCCCUUCAAAGAGGAACCCAGAGGGGGGGUGAAGAAGCCUCUACAGCCAGCCAGUUUCACCUACACUGGCCUGAGCUCCAGCCGGGGCUCCAGAGAUGAGGUGGCACACCAGGUGGCUGCUGGAGGGGCCUUCUACCAGGCAGGGGCCUCCAAACCUGGGCCGCUGAACUCCAUUUGGUCAGGUCGCUCCAUGUCGACCAACACCCCCACCCCAUCCUCUCCAUCCUCCUCUUCCUCUCUCAGCAGACCUCCCCCGCCUUACAGUAAGGGCUGGUCAGAUCUGAAGCGCUCCCUCUCUGUCUCCGACGCCGGCAGCAGCAAUGGCAGAGCAGAAGGGUUCAAGGUGGCUUCCUCUCUAAAACCAGGGAUGUCUACAUCCACACUCUGUCUCCACAGCUCCAAGACCUCCAGUGGGUGUGGGGGCUCUUCAACGGCAUGUAGCCCAGCUCAGCACUUCCCAGCUGGGCAGAGGAGGCAGCAGGAGGGCCCAGGAGGUCAGGCAGGGAUGGUGGUUCAGCAGCAGGGAGCCAAGCCCCCCUCCUCUACCCCUCCCUCGGCCAGAGACCGCAUCAGUCAGGCCCUCAGCCUCCGAGCUCUCAACCUGCAGAGUGUCAAAAGAAUUGUGCCCGGCAAUGGUCCCCAGGGAAACGGGACCUCCAGCACCCCUGGAGUUGCAGUUUCGAGGUUGAGCCUGAGAAGCAGUGCCAGCCCGGCAGGAAAAAGAGCAGGGGGGAGCAUUAAAGAGACACACACCUCGUCUGGGCUGAACCAGGGCCUGGUGUCGGGAGGGUUAGGGGGAGGGGCACUGCACUCUGGAAGCGUGCCACCAGCCAGAGUUGAGAGGGUGGAGAGAGGGAAGGACACUGGGGCAGAGACGGAGAGAGAGAUGGACAACAAGGGACCAGGGGGUGUAGGGAGGGGGAAUGGAAGGGUGGAGAAAGGGGGGAGUGUACAGGCACAGGGAGGCGUGUCCACGGCCCGCAGAGGCAGAGCUAACGGGGGGAGACAGGAGGACAGGAAGUCAGGACAGAGCCUUACCGUUAAUGAGCGGAACUCCCGGACCCUUAACGAGCUCAGCACGGGUGACUCAGAUGACACCAGCAGCAGCGAAUCAGAAGAGUGUGACUCCCCCUAUCCCGACAACAACAACAACAGGGCCCGCCUUGUCUCUAUGGAGAUGGAAACGGAGACGGACUGGCGGCCGGCGCGGAGCCUUCUAGAGCACGUGUUCGUCACGGAUGUCACCGCCAACUUCGUCACGGUAACAGUGAAGGAGUCGCCGACCAGCGUGGGGUUCUUCAACGUCCGCAAUCACUAAAGCCUGUCUGUGUAUGUACAGGACACCCAUAGACACAGGCCAUUUCCCCUCCCAAUGGUUAAAGGGACAUUACGCUUUCAAAUCAAAGUUUGACAGACAUGUUGUAGACCUCUAAACUUGUCUCAUGUCAAGAUAAAACCCACUAUAGCUGGAUCUACAUAAGCUAUAUUAUGUGACAUGGUUUCAUUAGAAUACUUUAGAGGUCUGAAAACAUCUGACAUUUUAUUUAUGAGUGAAAUGUCUCUACAAGGUAAGAAUCUGGAGGGAGCUUAAACUCACUAAACUGAUCCUGUAUCUGUGCCUAAGGGCAACCUAUACCUGGAAUAAUAAGAUACAACAUGACAUUAGGCUUGAUUCCAAACCCAUCCCUGGUUCCUUUAGCCCAUUGAUUGCCCCUCUGAAGAUUUGCAAGGAUUGGAUCUGAGACAUAACAGUCAAUUAGGCUUGGGCCUAGUUCCAUUUCUGCCUUCAACCCUUUCGCCUAGGUCCUUCACUUUUCAGCAUAUUUUUUCUUCUACAUAUCCAGUCUUUUUAGAUCUGCGAGGGGGAGUCAACAAGGGAUAGGGGAAAGAGAAUGUUUUGGUAUCGGACCCUCGUCAAUUGAAGACUUUUGUGAAGACAUAGCUGUCUGUAUAGCUAUGCCAGCAUAUCCCAUCUUACUUUGUAUUCUCUUUGGACCAAAAGAGUCAUGAAUGUGAAUUGUGUAUUUUUUGUUUUAUCUGUUAAAAAAUGGUAUUCUGUCAGUCAGUAUUUCUCUUGCACUACAGUAUGUUAUUGUAAUCUUUUAAGCCAAUUAUAUUAGACUGAAACAUACCUUCUCAUCUCAAGCAGGCAUGACAUUUUUUUGCAGUUAUCUUCCAGUGUUAUCCCUACCUGCCUACCUGCCUACCUGCCUACCUCCCUACCUGUCUACCUGCCUACCUCCCUACCUGCCUACCUCCCUACCUGCCUACCUCCCUUACCUGCCUACCUCCCUACCUGUCUACCUCCCUA